AUGGAAAUUCUUACUUCCAGUACUGCACCGCGUUCUCUUGAUGUAAAUUUGAGGUGGAAAUUAGCUGAAAAGGGAUCAAAUUCUUGCCGGUCAAAGCUCCCUACAAGUAGAGAGCACAAAAGUUUGUUUGCUAGGAUUGACCGUAGAAGUGGGUCAUUGAGAUUUUCUAGUGCUGAUAAGUUGUUCUUAAAAAACCUCAAUCGUGGGGAAGGUUCUAGGUUACUUGACGCCCUUGGAGGAUUACAGAAAGGUGAUUUAAAGGUUUUCAGUGGAAAUUCUAGUAGUUAUGUGGUUGGUGGAGAGGAGGAUGUGGGGAGUGUUACAGAAAAUGGAGAAUCUCCGACUAAGGUUUUGAUUCCAGGGUUGCCAGAUGAAUCAAAUGAUUAUAAUGCUCCCAUAAGCAGUUGUUUUUGGGAAUGGAAGCCUAAACUUAGUGUGCAUUAUGAGAAAGCUGGUUGUGAAAAUGUGAAAUCUCCACCAGUGUUGUUUCUUCCUGGGUUUGGUGUUGGUUCCUUUCACUAUGAGAAGCAAUUGAAGGAUUUGGGUCGUGACUAUAGAGUAUGGGCGAUUGAUUUUCUUGGGCAGGGAAUGUCAUUGCCAGUUGAAAACCCUACUCUGGUCUCAAAGCAAGAGGUUACCCCAGAAGGGAAGGAUCCCAUUUGGGGAUUUGGAGAUGAGAUUGAACCAUGGGCUAAUAAGCUUGUUUUCUCUAUGGAUUUAUGGCGGGACCAAGUUCGCUAUUUCAUAGAAGAGGUGAUUGGCGAACCAGUAUAUGUUGUAGGAAACUCACUGGGAGGAUUUGUUGCACUAUACUUUGCAGCAAGCAACCCUCAAUUAGUGAAAGGUGUUACAUUGCUAAAUGCAACUCCGUUUUGGGGGUUUCUACCUAAUCCAGUAAGAUCCCCAGGAUUAGCAAGGAUAUUUCCAUGGUCUGGGACAUUUCCUCUACCUGCAAAUGUUAGAAAGCUCACUGAAUUCUUUUGGCAGAAAAUAAGUGAUCCUAAAAGUAUUGCAGAGAUACUUAAACAGGUUUACACAGAUCAUUCUACAAAUAUCGACAAAGUGUUUUCUCGUAUACUUGAGAUUACACAACACCCUGCUGCUGCUGCAUCAUUUGCCUCAAUUAUGUUUGCUCCUCGGGGACAGCUAUCCUUCAGGGAGACUUUAGCCGGGUGUAAAAUGAGCGAUAUUCCCAUUUGUCUCAUGUAUGGAAAAGAGGACCCCUGGGUGAAGCCUGUCUGGGGCCUUCAGGUGAAACAACAGGUGCCUGAAGCUCCAUAUUAUGAGAUCAGCCCAGCUGGUCACUGUCCUCAUGAUGAAGUUCCUGAGGUUGUGAAUUACUUGCUUCGUGGGUGGAUUAAAAACCUGGAAUCCCAUGGUUCAGUUGCACUACCUUUACUUGAUGAUGCGGAAGUUGUCGAGAAUAACAUUGCCAGGGACUUAGAAUUUGUAAGAGAAGGAUCAAGAAAAUCAGUUAGUGUGCGGUUCUUUGGAUCCAGAUUUUCUAUUUGGAAUAGAUUUAGGUCUUACAUUAAAUCUCAGUUCAGGAAACUACAAACCAAAUCCUGA